AUGACUUUUACUUGUCCAUCGACUGUCGGUAGUCAAGAACUUAGAUUAUAUGAUUUAACUACUGGUCAAUUGGAUAGUAUUACAUCAUUGAUAGUAGUGGGUAGUGAAGAUAAUUGGGGUCCUUUUACACGUAUUCCUGCUAAUAUAUGUUUAUUAAGAAAUUUACAAAAAAUUGAUUUUUCAUAUAAUCAAAUUGUUGAAGCAGAUUCAACAGGAUCGUUAACUGAAUGUUUAUCAAAUGUGAUUACACUUGAUCUUAGUUCUAAUAAUAUUUCUACAUUUCCAUCAUUUAUGAUAUAUAACAUGCCAAGUUUAAAAAAUCUCUACUUUCAAGAUAAUGAAUUGACUGAAAUACCUGUGAACGCUUUUAUAAAUAUAUCAUCAUUAGAAAUAAUCGAUUUUUCAUAUAAUCAAUUAACAACAUUUGAACUAUGGGCUCUGGAAGUAAAAACAAAAGCAGACUUUAGUAAUAAUCAAAUUUCUACUAUAACGAACAAAUAUUUUUUUACUGAAAUGCUUGAUAGAACUAUGGAAGAAGGUGCUUAUCUAGAUAACAAUAGUGCAACAAUAAAUUUUACUGAUGCAGUUUAUGAAAUGUAUAAUCAAUGUGAAGAAGUUUUUCAAUGGUAUUUUAGUACUGACGAAAAUCUAACUCCACCAUGGUUUACAUGGAAAUUGGCUUAUAUUGACUUUGGUACAACACAAAUUAACUGCACUUGUGAUCAAGCCUAUUUUGUACGUAUACUUAAAGAUAAUCUCAUUGAAGGGCAAACUUAUCCGAUACAAAAUGCAAUGUGUACAAAUAAUUCACUAGGCGUCAAUGACACAACUCUCCUGACUUCUCGCUGUGUUUCAUCUAUGUUCGAAGUUAAUUCAACUGUCGAUUUUUCGCAAGUUUACCCUAAAUUAUGUAAGAUUAAUGAAGAUGAAGAGGGUGAAGUAAUAAACAUAACAAACAUCGAUCCACCAACAUCAAAUGUGUCGCUUUAUCCAUGUUAUAAAACAGCAUUUUUGAAUCCAGGAGCAUGUUACUUCUCAUUUUCAGACAGUACUUCAAUGAUGAUUAGAUGUACAAAUGACACAUCAAAUUCAUUAUCAAGAAUUCCUUCAGAUUUAUUAUCAAGUCCUUGCAUGUCUACUAUAACUCGUAUUACAUUUCCUUCAUCUAUUUCAUCACUUCCAUCAUAUGUUUGUUCAUUACCAUCUCGUGAAAUUGAUUUAAGUUUUCAAGCAUUUACCACACUUAAUGAUGAAACAUUUCCAUGUCUUGAUUCAUUUCGUACAAUAAACUUAUCCUUUAAUAAUUUAACAUCAGUAUCUAUGACAAAUGGUAAUUUUAAAAACUUAACAUCACUUGAUCUUUCAUCAAAUCAACUUACAUUAUUACCAUAUUCUAUUCUUAAUCCUACACCAACAUCAUUACGUUAUCUUGAUUUACGAAAUAAUUCUAUAAAAUAUAUUGAUCUUUUUAUUUAUACACUAAAAAAUAUUACAAUUAAUCUUGAUAAUAAUCCUAUAAAUAGUUCAAAUAUUAUCAAUCCACAAAAUAUAACAUUAGGAAAUAAUGAUACUUCAACAGUAAAUAUUACUUUUCCAUUAACUGUAGCAAAUAGUACAAUUACUAUUACAGAUUCCAUAGCAUUAACUUAUGGUUUAUGUAAUAAUUUUCAAUCUUUACGAAAUAGUCUUCUUAAUCUUCGAUUAGCAGUUGGUAAUGUUUUACUUCAAUGUACAUGUGCAUCAAUAAAUUUAAAACAAAUAUAUCAAAAAAAUGGAUAUAAUAUUAUAAGUGAUUUUCUAUGUUCAAGUCCAACUACAGAAGGAACUUUUGACGCAUUAAAUAUGACUUCUUGUCCAAAUGCUACGGAUUUUCAAGCAGGAUUAUGCGCCAAUAAAAGCUCUGAGCCAUCAAGUUCAAGUACAAGUGCUUCAUCUCUUCAAUCAAAUAAUGAUGAUUCCAAUUCGAAUCGUACCAAAUUAAUUGUUGGUCUUGUUGUUGGAUUAGGUGGUGGUCUUUUAUCAAUUGCUGGCCUUCUAACUGCAAUUUACAUGAUAAAAACUAAAGGUGCAGCAUCAAGUGCAAAAAAACCUGUAACUCGAGCUACUGCUGUUGGUCAAGCAUCUGGAGAUUCUCUCUUAUCUCGUGUACAACCAAGAAAUUUACGAUCA